AUGGAGAAAAAUCUCACGUCCGAGGAGGUCCAUACGAUUGUAAAUGCAAGCAUCGAGAAGUUCCAUAGUGCAAUCCUACCGUCAGCAUUUUUAUGCUUUGCUCUUGGCACCUGUAGAACAGCCAAUGCACACUACAUGGAGUGUAUGAGAAGUAAUGUACAACACUGGACAACGUUCUUCGGUGAUGAACCUCAGGCGAUGUCACGAAAGUACUUAUAUCUUUAUCACUCAGUCCUCGUUCAUGGAAUUGCGGUUGGUGUACGAAGAUUAGUCGAGACUAAAGCACCGAAUUUGGCCAAGGUUGUGGUGGAUAGAUGUGGACCGCUGCAAAAGAAUAAUGUACGCGUAACAGCUUCAACGCAUGGAAGACUUCAGAAGCCAAAAGAAUUGAAAGCACGAAUGAAAAAACUUGUUGAGCAGCUGGCUGGUCUGCGAAGCUGCUGGACACAGAUUGGCGAUCGGAUGUGUACAGAGGCUUCAGAGCAGCCUUACUGUUGGAAUGGCACCAAUAUUAUCAGUGCAUUUUUUCGCAUAUUCUCAUCACAUAUGGAGCUUUUCACACAAGAUUUGUUUGCUACGUAUGUUUGUUGUCUAAUACUUGACGGGGAAAUCGAAAGCGGUCUAAGCUGGAAAAUACAUUUCAUGAAUUUACUUGAGGAUCUCUUUGCCCAACAGUUGUCGGAUAAAUGA